CAGGGAGGGCGGGCAGCUGGCAGGGGAGGUGGCCGUGCCACCGCCCCUCGGCGGGACCCCGUUGGGGAACGGUGCGGGCGGCGAGCGCGGAGCCAGAGCCGUCCCUGGGGCAGACACCUGCCUCUCUGCGAGCCGAGGGGAUGCGGGGGCUCUGGGCCAGACAGGAGGCUCCCCCCACACAGCAGCCACCCUCUGUGCCUCUCCCUGCCAGCUCUUGCCCUGCAGCACAGGAGGCUGUCGCCAUGACCCUCACCAAAGGCUCCUUCACCUACUCCAAUGGGGAGGAGUACCGCGGCGAGUGGAAGGAAGGCCGCAGGCAUGGCAUCGGGAAGCUGACCUUUGCCGAUGGCACCGCUUACGUGGGGCACUUCGAGAACGGGCUCUUCCACGGCUGCGGCGUGCUCACCUUCUCCGACGGCUCCAGGUACGAGGGGGAGUUUGUGCAGGGCAAGUUCAACGGCGUCGGCGUCUUCACCCGCUGCGACAACAUGACCUUUGAGGGCGAGUUCAAAGGCGGGCGCGUGUACGGCUUCGGUCUCCUGACGUUCCCCGACGGCUCCCACGGGGUGCCUCGCAACGAGGGCUUCUUUGAGAACAACAAGCUGCUGCGGCGGGAGAAGUGCCCAGCUGUCAUCCAGAGGGCCCAGGGGGCCUCCAAGUCUGCCCACAACCUGACAGCAUGACCCUCUGCUGCUGCAGCAGGGACCCCCACACAGGGCACUGACUGGCCUCAUUGUCCCUGGAGCAGGGAUGUGGCAUUGCUGGGUGUGCCCCUGCCCUCUGUCCCCACCAAGCCCCCCCUGCCAAAACCCCACUGGUGUGGGGGAAUGGGGCCCUCCGCUCUACACCCAAGUGCCCUGGGGCAGCCGUGGUGCCUUUUCUCUCUGGCUAUAGCCUUGGCACCUGCCAGAGCAGCAGUGGGACAGGGUGGCCCAGGCUUGGCCCCUCUGCACCCCCAGGAAGGCUGUGGACCACCAGGGCUGCUAGCCUUCUGCAGAGGAUGAAACGGGUGUAGAGGCUGGGCCCUGGCCCCUCUGCCAGGGUGCUACUGGCUGGACCACACACCCAUGGAGGGGCAGCUCUUGUCCUGCUUCACUACCCUGGUCCUGAGGCAGGGCGGGCACCCCGUGGCCUGUGCCCUUAGCUCUGGGUGACUGGCCAUCCCCCUGCGUGCCCUGACACAGUGUCCUCAAAGAACCCAGCUGAUCUGCUGUGUCCCCCUCAUCCCUGUGCCAAUCCAGCCCUUCCACUGCCUCGGGGACAUCUGCAGCAGCAUCCCCACCAACGGGGAUGCCCAACCUGGGCCGUGUCAGCUGCAUGCUGGGGAAAGGCAGGAGCAGGGUCAGCAGGAGCCUGGGCUGAGGGGUGUGAUGAGGGCUGUGUGGGGUGCCAGGU